AUAUAUUUAAAACUAAUCAUUUCUUUGUUCAAAUUUGUCAAAAAUUAAUUAACUGACCAAGACAAAUCGUUUCCUAUUUCUAAAUGCCUUGACUUUACGUAUUGACCCACACCUGAUCAAUUACAUGUUUAAAUAUGACUGGUAAAAGAUUUAGAAGGUAAAUAUUUUUCUGUUGAAACCAGUCAUUAUAGUCGACCAUUUAUUGUAGAAAUAAUUAGUACAUUUUAUGUAAAAAAAAAAGGGGGGGGGGCUAAAGGGGCCAGUAAGUGUGUUGAAAGAUUGUCAAUAAUAAUUAAUUCAUUUUCAUUUCUCGUAGUAACCGGUAUUAUAACAUUUAUUUACACAAGCUAAACGUCAUAGAAAAUCUAAUUUAUUGUAACUUCUGUAUUCGAUGCGUUUUCCAAUUGCAAAUAAAUUUUUAAAGAUUGUAAAGAUUUGACUGCUCAGUGUGUUGUGUAUCCAAACUGAUUUAGUGGCAACAUACUGCUGGAGAACAAACGUGCGUUAGAAACUGGCGAGUUUAUUUCUAAAAAAAAAUCAGUUAACAAAAGGUUAAUGGAUUUACUUCUAAAAAUAUAACAUGUACAAAUGUACAAAAGUUAGUACUCUACAUAUAACAUGUACAAAUGUACAAAAGUGUGGUUCGUUUUCAGAAACACUUAAAAGUUAUAAAAUGGUUUAUCAUUACUAUUUCACCUGGAAGAACUGAUACACAAUUACGUUUAAAAAUAGAAAUAACAAUACGAAGAAUUUAAUAGUAAACUUACAGAUGAUUUACCAUAGAAGUCAGUUGAUAUUAUCUUGAUCAGAUAACUUUGUGUUUAUUUCAAUAUGAAAACAUACACCGGCUAUCCUUAUUGACUGUUGGCGCUGGAGAGCAGAUUGCUCCGAUACUAAGUCGUCAUUGACAAAUCAUUUUAAGUCCGUGAAAUGAACAGUUAAUGUCAAUCACGAUUUCCGCUGGAAGAAUACAAAUAUGAAUUGUUGAUAACUAUCCGAGGAUCUGAAAUAAAUACAGACAACUAUAAAGUUGUGAGCACGAAUAUAGUCUUAUACGGAUAUAGCUUAAUACUGGAAUAUGUCAUACCUUAGUUAUAGAUAAACUGAUAAUUUAUUGCCCAAUUAGAGUCGCUAUUACCGGAAAUGGCUUAGAUUCCGAUGCAGUAUUCUUCUAGACAUUAUAUCAUACUUUGAUAUGAAAUUCGUGACACUGGAGGAGGAAACUUUUGGGAAUAACUGUGAAUUUACAAUAAGGAAUAUACUGAUUAAGCAUACAAAAUACCAUUACCAAUCUACAUUUAAUGAUGAAAUUAUCCGAUACAAGCUAAUGACUAAUAGCAACAUCAAUCACAUUACGACGACCAACGAGGAAAUACCAUUUGUAAUAAUCAAAAGGGAGCAAAAAAUAUUCUUAAUGUCGACAUCUCGACUGGACGAUUAUUUCUUACUCAAUCAAUCGGAUAAAACGGACGCCGCUACAACUGUUAUAUAUUACAACUCAUCACUUCUAAGUGAGGUUCCUUUAAAUUCAUCAAACUCUACAAAUUCCCAUUAUGAACUAAAACAUCCUGCAAUUGGUGCCAUUCUUUCCAUGUUUUCGCUAGUUACAAUUCUUGGGAAUUUGCUUGUUAUCGUUUCAGUCUACAGAGAAUUAUAUCUAAGGACAAUAACUAAUUAUUUCAUAGUAUCACUAGCUGUUGCAGAUCUUAUGGUUGGAGGCAUUGUUAUGCCAUUUAGUAUAAGUCUUGAACUGACCAAUCAAGUAUGGCUAUUUGGAGCUGAAUGGUGUGACAUGUGGCAUUCGUUUGACGUUUUGGCGAGUACUGCAUCUAUAUUAAAUCUGUGUAUCAUUUCCCUUGAUAGGUACUGGGCAAUUUCCGACCCAAUAGCGUAUCCUACAAAAAUGUCAUCAUGUAAAGUAAUGCUAUUGAUUGCAUUUGUUUGGCUUUGCUCUGCAGGAAUUUCAUUUCCUGCUAUUGCGUGGUGGAAAGCCGUAACUCCAAAUGAUCUGCCAAGCAGUAUGUGUUUCUUCACAGAAGAUAGUGCCUAUUUAAUAUUUUCCUCGUUUGUUUCAUUUUACUGUCCUACUUUUGUAAUGAUGUUCGUUUAUUGGCGGAUAUAUUUAGCAGCCGCUCAACAAAUGCGGAGUUUGAAAAUGGGAUCUAAAGUUCUAACGUCAAACGGUAGCCAUGGUAAUCGAGAGGUCAUGACCUUACGAAUUCACAGGGGCGGAAUGACACGACAAUCAUCGGACGAAUAUUCCAAUACCUAUGAAAAAUGCGUCAUAGAUCCUGAAAAUCAUAGUUUGUCCCCAGAAUCAGCACGUGCGUCUAUACAAUCACCUGGGAGACAGGCUAAAAAUAUUACUCGCAAAUUACGACAGUUUGCUCUAAGCAAAAAAUUGACAAAAAUUGCCCGUGAACAAAAGGCGGCAAAAACUUUAGGCAUAGUUGUUGGUGUUUUCAUUAUAUGUUGGAUGCCAUUUUUUGUGUUUAAUAUACUGUUUGGAAUAUGCCAUACAGCGUGUGUUACAUCUCCAGAAAUAGUCUUUCCAAUAUUUACGUGGUUAGGAUAUAUCAACUCCGGAAUGAAUCCGGUUAUAUAUUCUUUAUCAAUGAAAGAUUUUCGUCGAGCUUUUUGCAAAAUUUUAUUUGCGUGUUGUCCAAAACAACACUUUGAAUACAGAAAAACUAAUAAUAACUGUUCUUCUACAUCAAGUUUCACAGUGACGUGUACAGAUCGUCUAUAGUUAUUAUGUUAAAUCAAAUCAGAAUAUUCCAUAUUCGUCAACUGAACUAAAGAAGGGAACCUCCAGACAUUGUUCCAGAAAAAUUAAUACAUUACAAUUCCAAUUCGGUGAGCAAAAUAAUUGGGACCAAGUAAAAAAAAAUAAACUGCGAUAAAUUUUGAAAGGCUUAAUAGCGUUUAUUGAAAAGUUGAGUGAUGAAUAAAUAUAUCGCACAAGGAAUUUAUCAAAUGGUUGUAGAAAUGACAUUACCUUAUGAUGGAAGUUUAUGAAUUACUGAGAAUGCAUAUGACGCAUGUUGAUUAAACUCAAUAUGCUUCGUCCGUUUUCCGUGUUAUAAUUGUCUUUCUUACAUACGUCAUCAGUUUUGUGUGUAUACUGCCCGUAUUUGAACUUUGGUGAGGUCUUCACUUCUAAUAUUUCAAGUUACAUUCUCACAUACAAUUUAAUAAAAGGACGAAAGUUGUCGGUGUAAAAAGUCUGGAAAUAACGAAAUGGGAAAUACGGUGCUAAAAUAAAAUGAUAUAACAAAUAAA